AUGAAUGCCAAGCGAAGGGUGUCGACCAGCGCUUCGAAAACGGCAGAGGAGGAGGAGGAGAUGCAAGAGUCUGGUCGCACCAAGGCGCAGCAGCAGGGCCAGCUUGCGAACAGCCACAAACCAAGACUCUACCAGACAUCGCGCUUCAGACCUUCCCCCAGCAACUCCAUUCCUCUCUUUAGCGCGAGCGGUCAAGAUGAGGCAGCGUAUGCAUCAUCAAGCACUACACCCUCCAACUCCGUACACUGGGCCAAUGUUCGACGCCACGACAAGGAGCGCGCUGCAGCACGUCGAGAGGACAGCGGCGGUGGCGGCGGCAAGGGUGGCAGCAAGGGUGCGAGCGCCCGCGUAGAAGCGGAGCAGGCGGGCCAUGGGACCUACGCAACGCAAGAGCUCAAGAUUCUGGCUUCGGACCUGCACAAGCAUUCCAACAAUCGAGCGUGGACCAUGAUGUUCAAGACUGCAGAAGAGAUGAGGAGACGCGCACAAGCUUUGCAGCAGCAGCAGCAGCAGCAGCAGCAGCAGAUUGCUGAUGGUGGCGGUGGUGAAGGUGAUGCGGCAGCUGUGCAGUCAUCAGCACCCAAACCACCACUUCAAGUCUUCUUGCACCUUAUGAGGCACGUACCAUUUCAUGUGGCUCUUGCAGUGCACGACGAUAUGCGGAGCUACUAUCCAGCUUCUAUAAGGAGCUUGACCAUGCUGCUCAUCGCCGCCAUCAAUCACCAGGCGGGCGAGCGUGAGGUGCGAGGGGUAUUGGAUCGAUUUGCCCAGAUACGAGAUCGAGAGGGCGCAAUGCGGUACGAGGAUGAAAGGGAGACAGCAACUUCCUCGAUCGGCCCAUUGCUUUCGAGGUGGUACACUCGUCAUUGGACACCGGGCGUCUACACCAUCCUCUUGACCCAUAGCAUACACACCACCAACCUGGAAUUGAUGCUCAGCAUUCUUGGAGCUUUGCCAGCAGCCUUUCAAAGGACGGUGCUGACACCAAAGACUCAAUCCAGCAUCCUCUUCUUGAUUUGCAAUCACGAGCUACCACGCUUGGCUAGCGAGCUCGCAAAGUGGUUGUUUGCCAUCACGGGAAGAAAAGCAGAUGACGCGGGAUUAUUUAGAGUGCUGAGGUGCUCUGCCAGACACGGUUGGGUGAGUCGAUGGAUGGUCCAACAAUACGCGCUUUUCUCGCUGCUGAACUUUCUUCUCUGACUCUUUGUGUACCAGUACCCUGGCGUCCAGUGGACGUACCAGAGGCUUGUCACGGAGGGCAGGCACGGAUUGGAAGGCGGUCUGGUGCAGCAGGUGAUGUCCACGUGUGCUCGAGCGGGUGACGCAACGCUCAUCGAGACGGUCAUCAACGAGCAUCAGCACGAAGGCAAGCUUUCCCUUCCAGCAGAAAGGCACAAACUACUAGAGACCAUCAGCGAGAAUCAUCUCCUUUGGCUGUUCCUUGCUCAUUCUCAUGCUGCCAUCCGAGAGCAGGUCGAUGUCGGCGAUGAUUCGUUGGACCGGCGAAAUGCGCCCAAAGCGACGUACGACUUUCACGCUGCUUUUGCUACGCUGGCUCGAUUCAAUCACCUCUCGUAUGCUGGACCAAAGCCGGUCGAGCUACUUGCGCUCAUCAAGCUCAUCUCUACACCCGAAGCGUGGGCGCAAGCUCACUCCGCAUGGAUUGAGCAGGGUCGAGCUCAAGUGAGGCAAGGCGAUUGCGGAGGAAGCACCACUGCUGGGCUCUUUGUGCUGAUCGAGAGCGCUAGGAGGCUGCAAAUGUAUCAGGAAGCUUGGAGCGUUUAUCACGAGCGACGACAUGUACGAAGAGCGCGAGGUCGAUUCGUUGGUGCUUCUGCUUCUGCGCCCGAUGCUGCUGCGCUGGGCGACGCCACUUGGACGAGGAGCAAGACGCAUACGCAGCUCGAUGAGAGCGCACAGACGAGCAGUUCGAACAAGAACAAGUUUUACGCUCUGCCCCCUGCCAUUCCUGAAGGAGGUGCGGGACAAGACUGGCCACCGAUCCACGCGGAGGUGGAGCACGUUCGGAGCCAAGUGAACGUCUCUGCCGAUCUAGCAUGCUAUCACUCCCUGUUGGAUGUGUGCAUAGAUACGCGAGAUGCGGAUCUAGGAAGAAGCUUGUUGAGGGACAUGUCGUGUCAAAGACCUCUUGUACGCGGUGACGAGGCGACGUAUCAGAGAAUGAUCAGCCUGGUCACGACUAGGAUAGAUGAUGCUGCGAUCGACGAAGCGUUGGAUUGGUUGGAAGAGGCAAAAGCCAGAGGUCUCACACCCACGCCUCAGAGCUACAGGCUCGUUUGGAAGAGGUGCUGGAGGAGCGGGGAUGAUCGUGCAAACGACGUGAAAAAGGAAUGGGAAGAGGUUCAUGCCGUGCAAAAUGUCCAAGAGCUCAAACAGACUCGCGAGAUGCACUUGUAG